AUGAAUAAUACCAGCGCAGUUUACAGUCCAGACCAAACACGCUGCUCCUCUAGUGUGUCCGAAACAGUAACGGUUGUUCUUUCAACGGUCAGUUUGCUGGCGUUAAUGGGGAAUUCUCUUGUCAUCCUAACAUUUAUUAAGUCUGUCAGCCUUAAAAACAGUUCUAACUACUACAUCGUUAACAUGGCGACUUCUGAUCUGGUUUGUGUUCUCCUUAACUGGCCGCUCUAUGCUACUGAAGGGAUGUUAAAACCUGGCGGAAGUCUAAUUACAAACUCAGCUUUCGCUACAAUUUGCUGCAAAAUGGGAAUUUAUUCACGAUCAGUGUCGUAUGUGGUUUCCAUUCUAAGCUUAAUGCUCGUCGCUGUGGACAGAUUUAUUGUAACCGCGUUUCCACUAAAGGCUUUAAACAUAUCUCAAAAGCCUCGCAUAUUCUUUCUGCUUAUAAGUUGGCUGUUCCCAGCGAUUUCCCUUGUACCGUACCUGUUCUAUACGAAAAUCGUUGAAAUAGAGAACCAAACGUGUUGUAGAAACCUGACGAGUGGCUAUUUGCUGAGGAUAUAUUACGCCGUGGGUUUUGUCUUAUUCUACUGUGCUCCGCUUAUUUCAAUUCUCAUCUUGUAUCCUCGUAUCAUGAAGCACUUACGGAUAUCUAGAGUAAAGGUUGACAACGGAGGAGGGAGAACUGCUCUUGCUUCAAAAAGACUGAAACAAAGCCGAAACAUCAUGAAAAUCUUUGGAUCAAUCGUUCUGACAUUUUUUAUUUGCUGGACACCAUAUUAUGUUUAUUUGUUCCUGAAAUCCUUUUAUCCUUCGAUAUUUCUGAAGGAUAAAUGUCUCUUUCUUGUUGGUUUAUUUUAUUAUUUAUUUCCGAUUCUUAGUACAGUAACAAACACCUUUAUUCUUAUGCUUUUUAGUAAAAGCUAUCGUGAGGCCAUAAAAAGCUUAUGUAUAUCUUCCUGUUUGCUUCCAAAACGCCCUUCUCGGCGUAUCGCUCCUAUAACAGUUUCACAGCAGGCCCGAACUUUAAGGCCACGAACACACGUAUCCGGAUAUCGUUGAAAAUGGAGAUUUUUUUCUCCUUUUUCAAAAACAUACGCAUCUUCAAGUAGCGUUAUCAAGUAGUUUCUGUUGAUCCACACGAAAACGCUAAAGCGAUGCAAAUACGACACGUUGUCCUGUACAGAGCGUGCGCUCUAUGAUGUAUGACAUCAUCGUAAUUAAAAACCUCCGUUUCCGUCCAUCCACACAAAAACGAUAAUCCGGCGUCUGCAAAAAUCUUCACUUUAAGAUUCUUCUUCAAAAAUCUGCGUUUUUUGUGCCCGAAAACGCCGUUUACGGGUGGAUGGAAGACUAAAACAGAGGAAAAUCUCCGUUUUCGAAAAUGAUCCGGAUACAUGUUAACCUUGAACUUUGAAAAUCUACGGAACUUAAGUUGUCCUUAUGAGUGGAAAAAGAUGUCACUUCCUUAAAUGGGCUAAGACUCUCUGCGCGUGGUCACGUGGAAAUCAACAUGAAUCAGAACUACUUCGUGAGGAGAAUAAUAAUGAUGAAUUCUCUUUUUAAAGAUUAAAAAGCCUACUAAGGAAAUAAUAUCCCAGAUUCUUUUCUGGCUUGCAAUAGGCUAUGCCAUGAGCCUUACGGCACGCGCAAAAUAAAAUUUCUGAAACAGGCCCCUGGUGCGCCAGUCAUAAGUUUGUGUUUAUAAAUUAAAUGAAAAGUUUACCGAUUCAAUAGAACGCGUGGAGAAACAAUAAAACAAGUUUUGUUUAAUGCUUUCUGUAUUGCAGUUAAUGUCGCAAACCAAAAGUUUCACAAACUUCCCGUCAAGACAUUUAACUGCCAUUCGUCACGUAUCUUUAUAUAAACCUGCGACAACUAAUCUUAGCAAACGUUGUCAAAUAAAUUCCCUGGUUAGUUGUAUCUACAUUUAUUCAGUAAAAAGGUCGGGUAGUAUUCUAUUGUAAAUCCAGUAUUCCAGUCGGCCGAUGACUAUGUCCACCUGUGAAACUGCACCUCAGAGACCUCAGACAGCGAGUAGACAGAAGACGAUGGAGGUUUAUGCCAAUGAUAAAAACUUAAAAGAAGUCAGCCGAAAAUGCUAUUAUAUAUUUGAAAUCUGGGCUUCGAUAUCUUGUUAAUCUUUGUCCCCUAUUAUUUAAAUAAAAACGCAUUCAAAACGUUUUUAUGAUAAGUGGAGAAGGAGGAAAAACCAGCUAGUUACAUAUUUUUUAAAAUCUGCAUGAUAUGAUCCACCUUGUACAGAAAAGAUGUUAAUUAGUUCGAUGGAAAGCAGGCAACUUGACCUUUAUGAAAGUUUUUGUUCUACUUAUUUCUUGGAGCUUACUAAAUUUUCCAACCUCUAGGUGCGGCCCUUAUGUAAAACUUCGUAUUUACGAAUAACACAUCAGAUUACUUCAACUUAUUUUGACUGUUUGUUUACUUUGUGUUAGUAACCUAAAAAGAAUUCAAUAAAACAUUGUUUUUAAAAUUUUACGGCACCAUGACAAUGACACCAAUAAAUCAUCAGCCACAAUAUUUCAAAAUAAAUAAAAAAAAAGUCAAAUCAUCUCAGUCACGUUAGCGUCUAGGCCUUUUGUCACAAAUAACAAUGUCGGUCCAUUAAAACAUUUCCCUUCUAGAGUAAAUUAGUUGUCGCCACGGUGAAAUGACAUUAAUAGCCCACCUCCCCCCCUCCCACCACCACCACCACCACCACCACUACCACCAAGGUGAUAGUAGGCACCAUUGUAAGUCGUAUUUGGAGAAUAAACAACCGGACUUUCUCAAACAGCUUACGUCAAAAGUUGUAUUAAUAAUCACGAAUAACUCGGAAAUGAUUUAAGAUUACUAAUUGCUUCUCCUUUUAUCUUUGGUUAUUUUUCUGUUAAUUUGGUAUUGUUUCCCUGUUUUCAGCGACCUCAGAGACAACAGACUCUUUCAGUUAUCUGGCACUGUUUUCAAGGGGUUAGAAGAGUUGAAAACUCUGUAAGUUGUAUAAGUUCAUGUUCAGCUUCAAGCGUAACAGUGAAAUUUAUAUUUUCCGGUGAACCUGGGACGGGAGACUUUGUAGCAUGAAUUAUAAGGAAACUUGAAGACAUCUCUUGAGUGUAUUUACUUUUUCUUUUGCCACUAGGCUUUAGGAAAAUGUUGUUAACACGCUAGCUACUGCCAUUUUUGUCAAUGAUCUCAUAUUGCGUGUCUGUGACUCACCGUGUGACGCAUGAUUAUAGCUCUGCUCUGCUUGGAUAUUACUAGAAAGCAUGAAAAAUAUUCCGGUAAAGCUGUUUCUACAAAUAAAUUAAAACUCCAAGGGCUUAUACGAGAGGCUCCUAGUAAUCGGCUUUUGAAUAAGGCGAAUAAAGUAAAUGAGGAAGAACGUUUUCCAGAAUCCACACUGAAGGAAGGGUUGGAGAUAGACAAAAACAAAGUCACUGUGCGUAAAAUUCCACCAUGUUCUGGUCAGUGUUUUAAAAAAGCUUCAUAAAAAUAUAUGACAGCUUAGGCAGCGCUCAUAUGAUGGACUAAAAUGAACUGGUGACUCUUUAGACUAGAUACUACACUGUAUACUCCAUAACUAAGUUAUCGAGUACCAUUCAGCACCUACAGUUGUAGUCUCCCAUUAUUUAGUUGAGCCAUUUUUUUUUUAGUGUAGAGUGCUCUCAAGAAAUGGAAUCUCCAACUUACAGGAAUCCACCUUUGCUGAUUUAAGAAACCUACAAACUCUGUAAGUUGUACGAUAAGUUGAUUUUUUUUUUUUACCAUUUUUUAUGUUUGUAUAAUUCAUUUCUAACUGAUGAUCCAGCACGCAUUUUAUGUUCGGCUAAGCAAAGCCUGGUUAAAGCUCCAGUGAGAAAAAUGGCAGUAAUAAUUUCUGCUUUACUGCUCUCCUGCUAUGACGCUCUUUAUCACAACUUGCCUAAUGAUGCAACAUAUAAAUAGAGGAUACUACACGGUGGCGCGAAGAUAUGAAUUUUAUUUUCGAGUGGCAAAACAAUAUUUUACGAACGAGGGCAGCGAGUUAGUUAAAUAUUGUUUUUGCCACGAGAAAAUACAAUUCACAUCUUCAAGCCGCCAUGUAAUGUUCUUUUUAUUAUAUAGACAAAAAGACAUCGAUAAGAUAAUAGAGGGAAAUUACCGAAAUUACGUCAUCGAUAAACUCAUGUGUGAGAUUAUGGAAAAUAAACCACCCGGGUCCCGGAUGAAGUUUUUAUGAAUUUCACGAGUGCUCUAUUUUCCAGUAAAAGACUCGUGUCUAUAUAAUAAUUCGGUAUAAUUUUUAACAAUACUUUCAAUCAGAGUGUCAAAGUUUUAGAAAUUGGAAUCGUGCUUUGAUUGGAACCUUUUGUUAACAAACAAGAGGCAAAGGAAAGAAUAGAAUGAUGUUUCUAAAAGUAUCUGAAUUAGUUCAGAUACUGGUGGACAAGGAAAGUCAUAUAGAGUCAAGAGCAAAAACAGGUCUGCGCGCAUUAGUUACGUUGCUGCACUGCGGUUGGGGAGGCACACAAAACUAAGCCUAAUGAGCCCCGAGAGGCAGGAUCAAGUUGGUGCCUAUAGCUGAAGAAUCAGAAGGAAUUACCUUGAUCAAAUUUCGUAUUACUCUUCCAUCAUUGUGUUUUAGUAACUUUCAAAGUAACAAGCUCUUGAAGCUACAACAACCCAUCUUCAAGGACUUAAAAAACCUAAAAAGACUGUAAGUAUGGACUGGAUAAUAUUUGUUACAGUGAAACCUCAAUUUAACGAACCGCUAUUUAACGCAGUCGUCGGUAUAACGAACGAUUUUCUUUACCCCAAUAAUGAAUGAAUACUUUGUUCUUGCAGCUUUCACACAAACGAAAGGAAAGUCAAUUUUUCUUGCGGCGAUAUCUAUGUUGCUUUCUGUUAAGGGGCAAUUAAAGUCACCAAGAUGUAGUGUUACAUUUAAAUACAUUGGCUUUGUUGGUAUCAUGGAAAAUCACCUUAGCUAUUCAUUCAAUUUGUAGGGACCUCUCAUAUAAUCAAAUCUCUGAGUUACCGAGGAACAUUUUUGCUGACUUAAAAGGCCUGGAACAUCUGUACGAUGUAAUUCUUUUGUUUUUUCCUUACAUUGGCUUGUCUUUUCUCAAAAUCUAAAUCAGAUUAUUUUUAUUUUCUUUAGCUAGGAUUGGACUAAUAAUUUAACUUUAAAUAACCCCCCGGUUCAGGUUACCAUUAUCAUCUACAGAGUCACUAAGAUGUUUAAAUUUGUGUAGAACUGAUAGCCAGGGUUAUCCCUGGAUAAAUAAAGAACUCUAGUUCAACUUCACGGCUGUACCGGCACUGGAAUGAAUACUAUAAAACAGGCAGCUCUAUGUUUCCGUUGAGUUUUCAAAUUUUGGAAACACUUCGUUUUGUCCCUUGUUCAUAAUCGAUUCUUACUGUUAUAACGUGUUGUUUAGAGACCUUUCUCACAACCGGAUAACAAUGCCUCAUUCAGAAGUUUUCAGAGAAUUGGAGAGUCUCAAAUACUUGUAAGUUUCAAUUUGAUAUUUGUUUUUAUCGUAUACUAAAACAGUAGUGUUUUUCGCGCACUCUGAUUGGCUACUCAAAGGUAGGAUAGCCAGUGCAGUUCACUGAUUCACCUCCAGCUCCUCUGAGCGAGCGACGCGAAUGCAAACUCGCGUAAGUUACCACCAAAAUGGUUUCCCGGUUUGCUGCUCUAACAAACAAAGAAGUAUCACAAAUAAUCAUCACAAGCUGUUCCCAGAAUACACAACGAAGAUGUCUAAAUUCGGUUUGGAAGCUUCAACAGGUAAACGUUUGCCUGUUUGACUUGAAUUUGUCACCAAGAAAACGCGACGGCCGUUCGAUCAUUUGCGCGCCAAAAUUGUCUGAAUUGUUGGCAACAUUAAGUGAGUAAAAAACUAUCUUUUUUGUGCUCAAUUAUCUCAAUGUUUUAGAGUAUACUAAAACAAUUAUUCACCUCAGUGUCGGUGGCUAGUGGUGUGUAUAUACCUUGCCGCUUAUCGGCUCGCAAAUCACACCACUAUCCACCACCACCUCAGUAAAUAAUUGUUAUUUAUUUCAAUGAUACGUUUUUUUUCGCUUUAACAAAGGUGCAUGUUACAAUUACCACAAAGUUAAACAACAAGCCUCGAACAUACAUUAAAAUACACUAUCACGUACAUACGCAGAAGUUAUGACUAGAAUAACCAGUGCAGUUUUUCGCGGUAAGGAAGCGCAGUCACUCAGGGUAAAAUGAAAUAAAAAAAAACCCUUGCAUGGAAAUGUUUUAAUCUCAGCCGUCACUGAUAACUCGCAGGGUGUCAACUAAUAUACCUACAUUUUUAAUGCAUGGGCGGAUUCAGGAUUUGGCUGAGGGGGGGGGGGGGCAUUUUUCUGUUAGAUUUCGUAUAAUUUUUAGAUAAUUCUUAGUAAUUUAAGCAGUAUCCGUACAGCUGUCAAAUUCCCCUGCCCCCGCCCCCCGCCGCAUUUUUGAAUUGCAAUUAGCCUACCAGUAUCGUAGCUUCAAGCGCUGAAUGUGUUGGUUAGUGUUUGUAAUAUCCAAACAGAACAUGCAAUUCCUUAAUACGCACCGACAAGGUGAUAGCACUCAGAACGCCAGACAUUUAACUGCCAUUCGUCACGUAUCUUUAUAUAAACCUGCGACAACUAAUCUUAGCAAACGUUGUCAAAUAAAUUCCCUGGUUAGUUGUAUCUACAUUUAUUCAGUAAAAAGGUCGGGUAGUAUUCUAUUGUAAAUCCAGUAUUCCAGUCGGCCGAUGACUAUGUCCACCUGUGAAACUGCACCUCAGAGACCUCAGACAGCGAGUAGACAGAAGACGAUGGAGGUUUAUGCCAAUGAUAAAAACUUAAAAGAAGUCAGCCGAAAAUGCUAUUAUAUAUUUGAAAUCUGGGCUUCGAUAUCUUGUUAAUCUUUGUCCCCUAUUAUUUAAAUAAAAACGCAUUCAAAACGUUUUUAUGAUAAGUGGAGAAGGAGGAAAAACCAGCUAGUUACAUAUUUUUUAAAAUCUGCAUGAUAUGAUCCACCUUGUACAGAAAAGAUGUUAAUUAGUUCGAUGGAAAGCAGGCAACUUGACCUUUAUGAAAGUUUUUGUUCUACUUAUUUCUUGGAGCUUACUAAAUUUUCCAACCUCUAGGUGCGGCCCUUAUGUAAAACUUUGUAUUUACGAAUAACACAUCAGAUUACUUCAACUUAUUUUGACUGUUUGUUUACUUUGUGUUAGUAACCUAAAAAGAAUUCAAUAAAACAUUGUUUUUAAAAUUUUACGGCACCAUGACAAUGACACCAAUAAAUCAUCAGCCACAAUAUUUCAAAAUAAAUAAAAAAAAAGUCAAAUCAUCUCAGUCACGUUAGCGUCUAGGCCUUUUGUCACAAAUAACAAUGUCGGUCCAUUAAAACAUUUCCCUUCUAGAGUAAAUUAGUUGUCGCCACGGUGAAAUGACAUUAAUAGCCCACCUCCCCCCCUCCCACCACCACCACCACCACCACCACUACCACCAAGGUGAUAGUAGGCACCAUUGUAAGUCGUAUUUGGAGAAUAAACAACCGGACUUUCUCAAACAGCUUACGUCAAAAGUUGUAUUAAUAAUCACGAAUAACUCGGAAAUGAUUUAAGAUUACUAAUUGCUUCUCCUUUUAUCUUUGGUUAUUUUUCUGUUAAUUUGGUAUUGUUUCCCUGUUUUCAGCGACCUCAGAGACAACAGACUCUUUCAGUUAUCUGGCACUGUUUUCAAGGGGUUAGAAGAGUUGAAAACUCUGUAAGUUGUAUAAGUUCAUGUUCAGCUUCAAGCGUAACAGUGAAAUUUAUAUUUUCCGGUGAACCUGGGACGGGAGACUUUGUAGCAUGAAUUAUAAGGAAACUUGAAGACAUCUCUUGAGUGUAUUUACUUUUUCUUUUGCCACUAGGCUUUAGGAAAAUGUUGUUAACACGCUAGCUACUGCCAUUUUUGUCAAUGAUCUCAUAUUGCGUGUCUGUGACUCACCGUGUGACGCAUGAUUAUAGCUCUGCUCUGCUUGGAUAUUACUAGAAAGCAUGAAAAAUAUUCCGGUAAAGCUGUUUCUACAAAUAAAUUAAAACUCCAAGGGCUUAUACGAGAGGCUCCUAGUAAUCGGCUUUUGAAUAAGGCGAAUAAAGUAAAUGAGGAAGAACGUUUUCCAGAAUCCACACUGAAGGAAGGGUUGGAGAUAGACAAAAACAAAGUCACUGUGCGUAAAAUUCCACCAUGUUCUGGUCAGUGUUUUAAAAAAGCUUCAUAAAAAUAUAUGACAGCUUAGGCAGCGCUCAUAUGAUGGACUAAAAUGAACUGGUGACUCUUUAGACUAGAUACUACACUGUAUACUCCAUAACUAAGUUAUCGAGUACCAUUCAGCACCUACAGUUGUAGUCUCCCAUUAUUUAGUUGAGCCAUUUUUUUUUUAGUGUAGAGUGCUCUCAAGAAAUGGAAUCUCCAACUUACAGGAAUCCACCUUUGCUGAUUUAAGAAACCUACAAACUCUGUAAGUUGUACGAUAAGUUGAUUUUUUUUUUUUACCAUUUUUUAUGUUUGUAUAAUUCAUUUCUAACUGAUGAUCCAGCACGCAUUUUAUGUUCGGCUAAGCAAAGCCUGGUUAAAGCUCCAGUGAGAAAAAUGGCAGUAAUAAUUUCUGCUUUACUGCUCUCCUGCUAUGACGCUCUUUAUCACAACUUGCCUAAUGAUGCAACAUAUAAAUAGAGGAUACUACACGGUGGCGCGAAGAUAUGAAUUUUAUUUUCGAGUGGCAAAACAAUAUUUUACGAACGAGGGCAGCGAGUUAGUUAAAUAUUGUUUUUGCCACGAGAAAAUACAAUUCACAUCUUCAAGCCGCCAUGUAAUGUUCUUUUUAUUAUAUAGACAAAAAGACAUCGAUAAGAUAAUAGAGGGAAAUUACCGAAAUUACGUCAUCGAUAAACUCAUGUGUGAGAUUAUGGAAAAUAAACCACCCGGGUCCCGGAUGAAGUUUUUAUGAAUUUCACGAGUGCUCUAUUUUCCAGUAAAAGACUCGUGUCUAUAUAAUAAUUCGGUAUAAUUUUUAACAAUACUUUCAAUCAGAGUGUCAAAGUUUUAGAAAUUGGAAUCGUGCUUUGAUUGGAACCUUUUGUUAACAAACAAGAGGCAAAGGAAAGAAUAGAAUGAUGUUUCUAAAAGUAUCUGAAUUAGUUCAGAUACUGGUGGACAAGGAAAGUCAUAUAGAGUCAAGAGCAAAAACAGGUCUGCGCGCAUUAGUUACGUUGCUGCACUGCGGUUGGGGAGGCACACAAAACUAAGCCUAAUGAGCCCCGAGAGGCAGGAUCAAGUUGGUGCCUAUAGCUGAAGAAUCAGAAGGAAUUACCUUGAUCAAAUUUCGUAUUACUCUUCCAUCAUUGUGUUUUAGUAACUUUCAAAGUAACAAGCUCUUGAAGCUACAACAACCCAUCUUCAAGGACUUAAAAAACCUAAAAAGACUGUAAGUAUGGACUGGAUAAUAUUUGUUACAGUGAAACCUCAAUUUAACGAACCGCUAUUUAACGCAGUCGUCGGUAUAACGAACGAUUUUCUUUACCCCAAUAAUGAAUGAAUACUUUGUUCUUGCAGCUUUCACACAAACGAAAGGAAAGUCAAUUUUUCUUGCGGCGAUAUCUAUGUUGCUUUCUGUUAAGGGGCAAUUAAAGUCACCAAGAUGUAGUGUUACAUUUAAAUACAUUGGCUUUGUUGGUAUCAUGGAAAAUCACCUUAGCUAUUCAUUCAAUUUGUAGGGACCUCUCAUAUAAUCAAAUCUCUGAGUUACCGAGGAACAUUUUUGCUGACUUAAAAGGCCUGGAACAUCUGUACGAUGUAAUUCUUUUGUUUUUUCCUUACAUUGGCUUGUCUUUUCUCAAAAUCUAAAUCAGAUUAUUUUUAUUUUCUUUAGCUAGGAUUGGACUAAUAAUUUAACUUUAAAUAACCCCCCGGUUCAGGUUACCAUUAUCAUCUACAGAGUCACUAAGAUGUUUAAAUUUGUGUAGAACUGAUAGCCAGGGUUAUCCCUGGAUAAAUAAAGAACUCUAGUUCAACUUCACGGCUGUACCGGCACUGGAAUGAAUACUAUAAAACAGGCAGCUCUAUGUUUCCGUUGAGUUUUCAAAUUUUGGAAACACUUCGUUUUGUCCCUUGUUCAUAAUCGAUUCUUACUGUUAUAACGUGUUGUUUAGAGACCUUUCUCACAACCGGAUAACAAUGCCUCAUUCAGAAGUUUUCAGAGAAUUGGAGAGUCUCAAAUACUUGUAAGUUUCAAUUUGAUAUUUGUUUUUAUCGUAUACUAAAACAGUAGAUAGUGUUUUUCGCGCACUCUGAUUGGCUACUCAAAGGUAGGAUAUCCAGUGCAGUUCACUGAUUCACCUCCAGCUCCUCCGAGCCAGCGACGCGAAUGCAAACUCGCGUAAGUUACGACCAAAAUGGUUUCCCGGUUUGCUGCCCUAACAAACAAAGAAAUAUCACAAAUAAUCAUCACAAGCUGUUCCCGGAAUACACAACGAAGAUGACUAAAUUCGGUUUGGAAGCUUCAACAGGUAAACGUUUGUCUGUUUGACUUGAAUUUACCGAUAAAACCGUGAAAAAGUUUUUUGUUUCAUUACAAAUACAAACUAGGUCUUGCGUAAAAUAAAUAAGCUUAAAACUACAUUAAAUAGUUUUUUUUACAGAAUGGCCUCAAAUACAAAACGAAUUCAUAACUUUUGAAGAGAUUUCCCCACAUUAGCUAAAAGAAUGCCUUCAAAAGUUUUAUUUGUCAGCAAGAAAACGCGACGGCCAUUCGAUCAUUUGCGCGCCAAAAUUGUCUGAAUUGUUGGCAACAUUAAGUGAGUAAAAAACUAUCUUUUUUGUGCUCAAUUAUCUCAAUGUUUUAGAGUUUACUAAAACAAUUAUUCACCUCAGUGUCGGUGGCUAGUGGUGUGUAUAUACCUUGCCGCUUAUCGGCUCGCAAAUCACACCACUAGCCACCUCCACCUCAGUAAAUAAUUGUUAUUUAUUUCAAUGAUACGUUUUUUUUCGCUUUAACAAAGGUGCAUGUUACAAUGACCUCAAAGUUAAACAACAAGCCUCGAACAUACAUUAAAAUACACUAUCACGGAGGAUGUUUCCUCAUGUACAUACGCAAAAGUUAUGACUAGAAUAACCAGUGCAGUUUUUCGCGGUAAGGAAGCGCAGUCACUCGGGGUAAAAUGAAAUAAAAAAACCCCUUGCAUGGAAUAUUUUAAUCUCAGCCGUCACUGAUAACUCGCAAGGUGUCAACUAAUAUACCUACAUUUUUAAUGCAUGGGCGGAUUAAGGAUUUGGCUGAGGGGGGACGAAAUUUUUCUGUGAGAUUUCGUAUAAUUUUUAGAUAAUUCUUAGUAAUUUAAGCAGUAUCCGUACAGCUGUCAAAUUCCCCCGCCCCCGCCCCCCGCCGCAUGUUUGAAUUGCAAUUAGCCUACCAGUAUCGUAGCUUCAAGCGCUGAAUGUGUUGGUUAGUGUUUGUAAUAUCCAAACAGAACAUGCAAUUCCUUAAUACGCACCGACAAGGUGAUAGCACUCAGAACGCCAGCUUUUGAAUUCUUUCAUUAUCCCUAUACAUUUUUUAUAAGGUUUCUAAACAAUAACAAGGUCAACCAGCUUCAUGCUGAUAUAUUUCAUGGGCUCCAAAACCUGGAAAGAUUGUAAGUACAAUUUAGCUUUAUGAGGCAUUGACAUAGAAUGGAAAUGUAGUAAUGUAGUUUUAAUACGGUAAUAUACAAGCUGUCUCUAAGGAACCAAGCACUAAAAAAAGUAAAUCUCAACAUUCGUGGGAAAAACUGCACGUUUCCCCUUUGACGCAAUGUUCCCCACUAAGUACAACUUUUUGCAGGAAACAGUUUUAUUGUAAAUUGUCAUGUGAUCCCAAGGUAACCAAUGAGAGUGCUUCCGUUGGGACAAAAUUUCAGCAAUACAAAAAUAGCGUGUAAUUUUAAUUUUUAUUAAAACGGAAUUAAUGGAUAAUGCAAUUCUAUGAGCCAUUAAACCAUGCUCUCCAAAUAUGUCAACUGUACCCGUUGCUUUUACAAAUAAAGUUGGGAAGAAUUCUCGAUAUUUUGUGGGCGUUUUUAAUGAAACAAUUAUUCCACUCGCACUUGUUGGAUACGAGAUGGUUGUAGCCAACUCGGCGCUAUGCUCCUCGUUGACCCCCUACCAUCUCAUUUCCAACGCCCACUAGUGGAAUAAUUGUUAAAUAGCCUGCGUCAGUAGCAGGCGCUUCGAAGUAAUAUGCGAAAAAGAACGAGGCGCGCAAGGGAGACAAGUCAAGAUCGUCUUCUGAUAACUUAUAUUGCCACUCAAGUGUUGUUUUAUAAGUAUAUAUUUCUUGUAGGCAUCUGCAGGGAAACUUGCUUAAAGCGCUGCCUUUAGAGGUAUUCGCAGGCCUCCGGAAUCUUAAGUAUUUGUGAGUAUUUUCUUCUACCUUGCAUAAAAGAUGCGUUACAGAUUAAAUUCCCCCGAAAAUUUUGCCGAAAAAAUCCGCAAAGGCGUCAGGUUGGUAUGAGAUCUAGCAACAAUGAUAAAUUUCUUUUGCAACUGUUUAUUAUUACUAUUAUUAUUAUUAUUAUUAUUAUUAUUUUACGAACUUUUUAAAGAAAUAGGAAUUUAGGAAUACGAGAUUUUAUUCUUUUUUUAACUUGUUUUCUUUUUAAUAUCAGAGAUGGACAAUUCUCUUUUGUAAUGACUUAAUUUAAAAACUCUAGACUGCCUUCAAGAGUUAUUAACCGCAUCUGAGCCGCAAGGAAUGUAUUUGGGAAAUCGUUAUUGACACAGGACAUUUUUUCUUUUAUAGGAUUUAUAUAAUGCUUAAUAUUAUAUAGUGCUUAAUUGUUACCUCAAAUAUUCUGUAAAUUAUGUACAUAUUUUUAAAGUUGAAUAAAAUUAUUAUUAAAAUAAUAUUUAUUAUUAUUAUUAUCAAUAUUUUUAUUUUUUAUAACUUGCAGAGUACUUUAUAACGAAAAAAAACCCUUAUUUUCUUCUCGUACGUCAUGUUUUUGCCAUAUUAGUAAGCUAUUUGACUAUUACUACGUUUGCAAACAUUUUACAGUUUUGUAUUCAUUCUUAUUUUAGGAAGUUAGACAGCUUCUCCUUGUGCUGUUAUGCUACUAGGGUUCUCAAGCACGUAGACUGCGAACCCAUUGUCGGCGCAAGACUCAUGUUCAAGUUGCAAUCGCAUGAUUGAGGACUCAGGUCCUAGAAAGAUAAUUUGGUUGCUCGGUGUUCUUGCUGUGCUUGGUAACCUGGCUGUAAUAGCCUGGCGUCUAAUUAGGCGCGACGACCAUCCAGUUCAAACCUGUCUUCUGACGAAUCUCGCGGUGUCCGACUUUCUCAUGGGAGUGUACCUUAUGAUUGUUGCCAUUCAAGACCAAAUAUGGGCAGGUAUGGGUUUCGAGCACCAGUGUUUCGGUGGGAGAAAUACAAGUUUUUUUUUUUCUAUUUUACUGACAGAGAAUUUAUCAUAAGCUUGGCUAGUUUUAUAAGUAAGAGAGUUCGAAUAAAAAUGAUGAAACAGUACGUAACCCUUUUAACGGCUUUUAAUUUCAUUUAAAAAUGACCUCAAAAAUUGAUUUGACGAGAUCACACUGAAUCGAGCCUUUUAAAUUUGAGGUCACAUUAAACUAAAGAUUGCACACAGGCUCGGUACAAGACAUAUACCUUCCAAUAGCCAGUUCGAUUCCAGGCAGGUGAAAGGCAUGCGCAAAUAUGAGCUGAUGAUCCGGAAAAAGGGGGCUGUCGCAGUCUUUUCCCUUUUUAUUUUCGUGUUCGUUUUCCCAAUUUCGCGGGCCUUACUAUCCCGGAGCUUCGAACACUCAGGCUAAACUUCGACCAGGUGUCAAUUUAAUUAAACUGUUACUAGAAUUUUGACAUCAAUCCUGUGACGUCAUUUCCCGCCAAAAACCGUUAAAAUAAAAAAAGUAAAACCAACAAAACAUGCGCAAUAAAAAUUUGUACCAUCCUGCAAAAUUUCAGAUCAAACGGAUAAAAAUUGUGAGAGAAUUCUUUCCUGGUCAUUUUUGAUUUUUUUUUUUUCAAGAGUGCAAAGUGCAAGUUUAGCUAUUUAUUUCAGACUCUAAACAUUUACACUGGUAAAUUUUUCAUUAAAUUGACCCCAGCCUUAGCUACUAUAAUACACAUCGUGACCUCGAUCGAAUUCUUUUAAAUAAUAAUGUGAUCUGGAAGUUAUUUUCCGAGUAGAGCAUACAAUAGGGUGCACAGACAAGUGAGUGUUAUCAUAAUACUGAAACAGUGCUUCAUUUCCAGGUGCUUACUUUAACUUCGACCUCACUUGGCGAUCAGGAACACUUUGUAAACUUGCUGGUGCUUUAUCAGUGCUGUAG